UUGUAUGGAAUCUAUGGGGAUGGGAUCGGAUUCGAAGCAAACUUUGGGUAUGUGCAGAAUGCCGAGUAUGGACUUGAAACCGUGGGCGUGGGCUUUGUGGCAGGAGGACAAAAUGGGCCAACUUUGAAGAGUCAAACUGUAGCUGGAAUCGCUUCUGCGUCACCAAUUUACAUGGGUAUUUUUGGUCUAGGGACACAGCCAAUAAACUACUCAACGAUUGGCAACUCUUCUGCACCGUCUUACACUGCCGGGGCAAAAUAUCGUGAGUUGCUAUCCACGACUUUACAUUUCGGUGCUGACAAGAGAGUAGGUCUCAAAGAUGGUCAAUAUGGCCAGUUGAUAUUUGGUGGAUACGAUACAUCCAGGUUCACACCAAAUACAGCAGCUUUUACUUUGGCUGGAGACAUAAAUCGAGACAUAGUUGUUGCUAUCCAAUCAAUCACAUUCAGUGGCACCACCCAGGCCAGUCUUCUCCCUGCACCUAUCUACGCCUUCAUUGAAUCGACGGAUCCAAACAUAUGGCUUCCAAUAGCUGCCUGUGAAGCUUUUGAAAAGGCAUUUGGCCUUUCGAGGGACAAUACAACAGGACUCUAUCUAAUCAACAGUACUCACUACACAGCACUUCAAAAUUCCGAUACUCAAGUCACCUUCUCGUUAGCGGACAGUCUUUCAGGAGGUCAGACAGUGAACAUUGUUUUUCCCUUCAGCGCAUUCGCACUUUCGGCAACUUAUCCAUUCACUCCGAAUGCUACAUAUUAUUUCCCGUUGAAGGUCGCUGCCAAUGACACUCAAUACACAUUGGGAAGAACCUUCUUGCAAGAAGCAUACCUCACAGUAGACUACGAGCAAGGAAACUUUUCAGUCAGCCAGUGUCUGUGGAGUGAUGCAGCAACCACCGAGCUCACAGCUAUCAUAUCCUCGUCGUAUCACACAAACUCUUCAUCAUCACCAUCCAGUUCCGACAUAACUUCGUCAAACUCUGUGUCCACAGGGGUCAUUGUUGGAAUAGUCGUUGGAAUAGUCGUUAUCAUCGCAGUUGCGAUUCUUGCAUUCUUCCUCUUCAAGCGGAAGAGGCGACCUCUAUCAACA